AUGUCUAUGGUAGCGCGCCCAUCAAAACGAAAGCUCCACGAGAUCGAGACUCGAGACGACAGGCCUCGGAAGAACAGCUUCACUCCCACGGAUUCUUAUCAUAACCACUCUCAAUUCUUGCCCCGCUCACAACGAUCGAUCGAACACAAAGCAUCUGGAGAUUCUGGAGAUUCAACUCCGCAACGACCGUUGACGGGGGACUCGCACUUCGAUGGUGUAUCACCGGCCCUUUCUGAAAGUGGUAUUACGCAAACAUCAUGUCCUUUCAGUCCGAAGGCGUCCAUCGUGUUGAUAGGAAUCCGUGGUACGGGAAAGUCAAGCCUGGCAGUCAUCCUCGCGGCGACAUCCGGACGGCGCUUGAUCGACGCAGACCACUACUUCCACCAAAGAGUAGGAUGCACCCGUGCUGUGUUCAAGAAAGAGAAUGAUGGUCAUGUGUAUCGCCAGCAGGAAGCCCAGGUCUUUGAGGCAAUGCUGGCAGAAAACCAGGAGGGUUGUGUGAUCGCAUGUGGAGCCGGCUCGAUGGAACGAAAUGGCCAACAAUUUCUCAGGGAGUUCGCCAAGACGCACCCCGUUAUUCACAUUAUUCGGGAUCCAGAAAGCAUCCAGUCGUAUCUCAAAGCGUGGGACACGCAAAAGGUGCAACAUUUCUUGGACUUGUCAGGCCCGAUAUACCGCGGGUGUUCGAACCUCGAGUUUUUCAAUCUUUCAGAGGCUAGGAGUGAACUCGUGUGCAAGGACACCGAUAGCUCCGUUCCAUCACAUAGAGCGGACCUCAGGUCCCCAGUCGCAGUUCCAUUCUUAACGUUGAAGCGAGUUCAGCGUGACUUUUUACGCUUCAUCGCCUUUGUCACCGGCGAUGACGCAGAGCUCAACAGUCAACAUGCGUCCUUUCCGCUGUCCCUGUUGCCCGUGGAAUCUCGAUCAUACACUUCCGCUGUUUCGGUGCCAUUUUCUAGGAUAUGUGAGAAGGGAAUGGAUAUCGAGCAGCUGGAAUUCACAGCCGAUGCUUUUGAAUUAGCAGUUGAUGUAACCGAUUCUUCUGAGCAAUCAGGCCUCAGUUCAAGACUUGCGGACAGUAUCAGUGAGGCUGUGGCGACCGUUCGUCGCAACAUCAUUGUGCCCUUGAUCUAUCAUGUGGAAAGUUAUACCACCUACACUGGAUCCUCCACUCCAAGUCAAACUCCCGUGAGAUGCACGGACGAAACCUAUUUGGACCUCGUCCGGCAUGGGUUGCGGCUUUCCACCGGGUUCCUUACAGUGGACCUCACCCGUGAUGACAAGACAAUCGCCCAAAUCAUUUCUGCAAGUGGACGAACCAGGAUCAUUGGUCAUUUUGAAGCGUUCCGCCCAUUGCCAGGAGGCUGGGACGGCGAUGGAUACGUGGAAAUUUAUGAGCGAGCCAAAAGGUUAGGCUGUGACCUGGUCCGGCUGUGUCAACCAGCGGAAACGCCUGAAGACAACCUCGCAGUGCAAAGAUUUCGCCAUCGUAUUCAAAGCAUGCCUACCGCUAGCCCGUCUUUGAUUGCCUUUAAUACCGGCCACCUUGGGCGUAUGUCUCGCUGCUUUAACCCUAUUCUCUCCCCAGUCACACAUCCAUCUUUGGUAUCGCAACCCUCCAAUCAGCUGCGGUCGUACAUCACGGCCCGUGAGGCGCAGCAAGCACUCUACAGUUCGUUUACUUUGGACCCUAUGGAGUUUUUCGUAUUUGGUGCCAACACCACAUACAGUAUGUCACCAGCGAUGCACAACACUGCCUUCAAAGUUUGUGGCUUACCGCACAAAUACUCAAUUCACCAAUCGCCUACCCUACGCGGGCUGAACGAGCUUGUGGAAAAUCAAUACUUUGGUGGCUCCAGCGUCAGUUUACCCUACAAAACAGAGUGUAUCCCUCUACUCCACUCAAUGUCGGCUCAUGCCCGAGCCAUCGGCGCCGUCAAUACCCUCAUUCCGAUCCGCAACCGUGAUGACUUAGACAAUGCCCGGCUGCAGGAAUCAUCAAUCUUCCUAGAAAAGAGCCGCGCAGGUCCUAUCCUCGGUCUUCAUGGCGAUAACACCGAUUGGAUUGGAAUCUGCAAUUGUAUUCGUCGCGGUCUGUCGCCGGCGAAUGCAGUCCGCGCUUCGUCAACAGGUCUUGUAAUCGGAUCUGGUGGAAUGGCCCGUGCUGCAAUCUACUCCAUGAUCCACCUUGGUGUGCAAAAUAUCUUUGUCUAUAAUCGCACAUUUGCCAACGCGGAGAAACUCGCUCACCACUACAACCGACAAGAUCUCCACUCCAAGGAGGCCAGAGGGUCUGGUCGUCCUACCGUUCGCAUUCUUACUUCUUCAUCCGACCCGUGGCCCACAGACUUCAAACAACCGACGAUAAUUGUAUCUGGAAUUCCAGCCCACAGCAUUGGCACCGAACCAGCUCCCAACUUCUGUGUACCAACCCAAUGGUUGGAGAGCCCAACAGGUGGCGUUGUGGUUGAUCUGGCAUACAAACCCCUCAAUACACCCCUAAUGAAACAAACACGAGCUCUAUCCCAUCGUGGGUGGGUAGCUUUGGAUGGCCUCGACGUUCUACCCGAGCAAGGCUUCGCCCAAUUCGAACUGUUCACUGGCCGCCGCGCUCCCCGACGCGUCAUGCGGAGCAUUGUGCUCAAGGAGUACAAGGAUGAUGAAGGAAAUGAUGAUCAUCAAGCGAUUCAAGACAGGUUACAGCAAAUGGAUGGACAGCCGAUGUGA